CUUGUGAAAGAUGUUAUCAAUUUGUUUGAAGAUAUAGAGAGCACUCCCUGUCAAAAGCGCGCUACACUACGCAUUUCAUGCUGCUACCAACAAAUCAUGAGUGGCAGGGUUUUCUAUAUUUGACUGGCCAAGUUCGCUGACGAGGAGACUUUGGGCGCUCGCCAUGCCCUAUCUCGAGGCCAUCGACUCUUUCAAGUGGACUGCACCGAUUUGAUGUGGCGCGAGCCAACUAGGCCUUAUUAACGGCGUCUGGAUCAUGACUGUUUAGACUCCAGGCGAUGUCAAAAAGUCAAACGGCGAUCAACAUAAGCAGAGACGUUGAAAACAUCAGAUCAUGCGUCUUACGCAGGUAACGACACAAUCCGAGCACUCGAGAGCGGGUGUAGCAGCACACACUCCUAAGUGUCAAGGUGCCACUUGACACUAGACGACACCGGGAGAAGGCGACAAGAAGUUCCGGGAUAGCUGAGAUCCAAGCCACGGGCUGACAGAGCUGAGAUGGUGUCGCGGUGUCGUUGGCGUUGGUGUGUCUGUGCAAUGUCGUGCAGGUGUACCAUGAGAAUGGAACAGCGAAGGAGGAGGGUGCCGGAUGGGAUGAACCGAAGAAAAACGGAGCCACAAUUGUUUCCCAAACCAGCCAUCAAGGAGGACCCAAUUCUUUUCGAACUGGUGACAUUCGAGAUCUCGUGAGCUCGUAGCGGGAGCAAUGGCAAAUGGUUGUGAGUCGAGGUGCUGCUGAUGGAUUGGAGGUUGGCUUAGGUUGUAGUGUAGCUGGGACUUGGAGGGCAACCCGAACAAACGGCGUCACCACUCUGCCAACACCUCCACCGGGCUCGGGCCCUUCCUUGAUUUACUACCCCACCUCAGCCCACCUUCAUGUCACUCGUCUUUUGUUGACCCCUCGGAGCUUCUUCCUUUGCAACACCAGUCCAGGAAAUCUGCCAGGCCAUUCGACCGCCAUUCGAACCGUCUGCUCCCAACCUCGGGUCCUCAGCAGCAGCAGCAGCAGCAGCAGCAUCUGAACGGAGUCGAACAUGGGAGUUGAUAUCUCAUUCGUUGCUCAUGAUCUGCACCAUCUCUACACUACGCGUGCAGGUAAGUGUCUGAGGGAGGACUGUGCCAGCUGAAGACGCAGUCAUUGUCUCACUAGACUGGAGCACCUGGGGGCUCUUGGAGAUAUGUAUGGCUUCCAGCACCGUUGAUGGUUGUUGUCGAUGCCGCUGUCGCCGCGGUCGCCUUGGUCGUCGCGAUCAUGGCAUGGUAAAAGAUGGAAAACCGGCAGGUCGGGUAUCGAUGUAAGGUGCUCCGCCCCGGUCUGGACCUUUGUUCCGGGGGGCUGUUCACCUUGGCCGGGACAUGGUCGGGCAUAUUGCGUCUCACGGCAUCGAAUCGAAUCGGUCGCCAUGAGCCUCC